ACAGUCUGCGGAGUCGCCUGCUGCGGUGCGGAACACACAUUCGAGAGCGAAGCGCAAGAAAAAAGAUACGACUACGGCUACGGCUACGAGAUACAAAAUACGAAUCGUGACAAACAGAAAAAAAACUAUAAGAGAAAUAAGCAGCAGCAAUCUUUGUUUUUGCUACGUUUGUGGUUUGGCAGCGGCUUUUGUUUUUCGAUUUCGGUAUCGGAGUUUGAGUUUUUUUUCGGGUUUGCCCCGCGGCUAAACUUGAAAUCACAGAAAGCUGAUUCGGCAUUAAAGAAAGAUACGAGAUACAUAUGCAGUUGCAGAUGUGUGAGCAUUGCAGAUAAAGAUAAACCAAAACCAAGUGAAGUGUGCGAAUACGCGGUGAACCUCUUACAGCGAGAUACUUUAUUUAUAUUGUCCUGGAUUAAAUAUAUAUAAAUCUAUCUCAAUGUUGUAGUAGCUUUAAGCUCUGACAAAACCCUCUCAAAAGAUACUCGAACUGCCAUUGAAAUCUGCUGCCAAAAUGCUGGACAAACAGAGCUCCAUCUCGAUGUCCGGCUCCUGCUGCAGCUCGAAUGCAACGAACGCGGACCUGGACUACGAUGUGCCCGUCUCGCGGCGCAUCCACAUCAAAUCGAAACUUUAUGCCAAGGCCAUAUAUGAUAAUUAUGCAGACAGCCCCGACGAGCUGCCCUUCAAGAAGGGGGACAUCCUCACCGUCAUCGAACAGGACACGGAGGGCAUCCAGGGAUGGUGGCUCUGUACGCUGAAGAACCGACAGGGUCUAUGCCCCGGCAACCGGUUACGCAUUUUGAACUCGUACGAUUCGGGCUGCUUCUCGCCAUCGCCGGCCAGCUCCCCGAUACCCUCGCUGGCGGCCAGCACUGCGACGCUGAACAGCUCCAUCUGCUCCGCGGAAAUCUAUGAGAAUGGGUCCAUCAUCAGUGCGGCCUCGUCCUCAGGUGGUGGCGGUGGCGCUGGUUUGACAAAUAGCCAAGGAACGAAUGGCCAGGAGUCCUCAUCUGGCACGCAGGGACGCGGCGCGAGACGAUCGUGGCAUGUCUCACCGAACAAGGUAAUUACACCACAGAGACACGGUGAUGUCUACAUCUACAACUGCUCGCCCACAUCAUUGCCUGGAGGGGGAACAGGAGUCCGCACAUCGCACCAGCAGAUCUACAGCAACCAAAGCAUAUACCAGAACCUCUCCAUGAUGGCAGCAGCCCAGCAGAAUCAGAACGUUGGUAGUGGCAGCGAGUUCGAGACGUACGACAUACCCAAACCUGCCACGCCCGUGCCGCUGAACUACGACAGUCCCAAGGGCGGACAUCCGAGGACACCCACAUCGAUCUCCGGACUGGGGGCGCGCUUCGAGUCGCUGAAGAGCGUGGCCGCCUCCAUCGAGGAGGAGUCCUACGAUGUGCCGCGACCACUCAUCAGCAGCAGCAGCCUGCUGCAGCAGCAGAUGACGCCGAGCAGUUCGGCCUCGUCCCUGCUGACCAGCGACAGCCUGUCUCUUAGCUUCUCCAGCUCGAACCGCUCCUCGCUGGCCAACAUGCCCGACUACGAUAUCCCGCGCCGCAAUCCGCUGCCCGUGCGCCGCACACCACUUCAGCCGAGCGGCCUGACCUACGACUUCCCCCUGCCGCCGCUGCAGGAGCAGGAGCAGCGCCUGACCAGCACCCAGAGUAACGGCAGCAGCAGUCCGGCCGCCGUCAAGGAGCUGCCCCUGGAGCUGAGCUCCGCCCUCGAGACGCUGGCCAAGCUGCAGUCGCAGACCACGACGGCCAUCACGCGGCUGCUCAGCUUUGUGGUCCCCAAUUGGCGCAUCCGCAGCCAGCUGGAACCGGCCAUAAUGGAGCUGAAGCUGGCGGCACUUCGCCUACGCACGGCCCUGCACGACCUGGCCGAAUUCGGAGAGGGAGCCCUGGGCAAUGCCACGCGCUCGGAGGACCGCAAUCUGGCGUUGAAGUUGCGGCCUUUGGUCCGGGCCCUGCGGGACGCUAACAAGCUGAUACACGAUUCCAGCGAAGCCCUGGACGCACAGGGCGGUUGGUCUGUGGAUGUGCUGGCGCGGAGCGACGAGAAACACGGCUGCCGGCCGCCAGAUUCGCUUGAUCAGCUGAUGGCCUGCGCACAGACCCUCACCGAGGACGUACGCUCUACCACCAGCUUUAUCCAGGGCAAUGCAUCGCUGCUCUUUAAGCGUCUGCUGCCCUCUGAACAGAACGGUGGAAACGGCGCCCCUGCGUCCAGCGAUGGAUGCAUUCGAGGCAGUGCCGAGUGGCUCGAAGACUACGACUACGUGGCCUUCGAAUCCAAGGAUGCAGCGGCCAAGAAGAACCAAUCGUUGCGUGAGGCCAUUCCCGUUGGCCUGAAGACGCAGUUCGACACGGUGAUCCGGACCGCCGAGAGCACAGCCAUGGGAACGACGGGGGGAGUGAGCUCAGUGCCCACCACACCGACGGCGGCCACGCCCUGCAAGUCGCCGGAGAUGACAGACAAGGACAAGAAGCUGGUGCGCUACUAUGCCCAGCAGAUCUCCACGCACAUGGGCAACCUGAUGCAGGCGAUCGACUCGUUCCUGGAGACCGUGGAGAAGAAUCAGCCGCCCAAGUUCUUCAUUGCCUACGGAAAAUUCGUGGUGGUCAGUGCCCAUAACCUGGUGACCAUCGGCGACAACGUACAUCGCAACAUUUCGAAGGAGGCGCUGCGCGAGAAGAUCCUCCACUGCACCAAUGGCCUCUCCGAUGCCUUAAAGACCUGUGUCCUCAAGUCGAAGAAGGCGGCGGCCCACUUCCCCAGCGGCAGCGCCGUGCAGGAGAUGGUCGACUCGGUGGUGCACAUCAAUAGCUUGGCCAGGGAGCUAAAGACGGUCAUGCUGCAGGCGGUGCAUCUGUCAACGGUCGCCGGAGUGGGAGCUUGAAGAACCCUAUCGUCCGUCAUCACGGCACAGUAUUACCAACUGGUGCAGCUUCACAGUAGCCCUGCCCGUUACGGGCACAGGAUCAGUGUGUAGCGAUUGCGUAGACUUGCCCAGAGUCUUCCAGCCUGGCAGCGCAAUGUUCCUUAAUGCUUCGUCCAUGCAUUAUUCCCGGCACAUCCCUCUAUAUAGAGAUGCAUGUACAUCUGAAAUUGGCAUAUCCCUACAGCAGACAGAGUCGUCUGUCGCUUUUAUUUUGCAUUGUGAUAUUUUUGAGCAAAACAUCUGAAAAUGCACAGCACCCCAGCAGCAGCAGCAGCAUCAGCAUCAACCCUACGAUCGCACGAUCUCCGCAUGAACCCGACUAUAACUAUAUUUAUAGAUUUAGAUCCCUAUUGUUAAAUACCCAUCAGAAAGUCAGUCGCCUAGUUUUAGUUUCGAUUCCUGUACAUAGUGUUUCGCCCAUUUUAGCUUAAGACUUUUGUAAAUUUCCAUCUUCCUAGCCCUAGCCCUAGCCCUAGCCUUAGCCCUAGCGCACAUCAUCCGCCAGCAUCAGCCCCGCUCAUAGCCCACGCCAUGCGCACAAACAAUGUUGUGUCAGUGAAGCAUUUCAGCGUAGAAUACUAUUAUAUUUGUAUACCCUAGAGAUAAUAGUCGUACCAUAUUAUACAUAUGUACACAUUUAUUUACGUACAUAACCUAGGCAUGUAGGCAUAUACAAGUACAUACAUACAUAGUCAAAAUCUGAAAGAUUUACAUUCAACAUUUUGCAUUUGCGCCAUGGCAAUUUAGUCAUCAAUAUACAAAAAUAUACACAUUAGCAUUAACUACCAUUUAAACUGUAAACAAUAUGGAUAAUAUCAUAUAGUAUGAUUGGAACGAGGGACGGUGUCCGGUCCAAGCUUAUUCUAUGCAAAGGGAAUAUAAUUAUAUUAAAACAUA